GGAUGAUCCAGUUAACACCUUGACAUACAGCGUUUUGAUGGACAAGCCAAAACUGAUCUUGAGGUCAUCAUGACGUGGUCAUUGCAUGUUGUACGCAUAUGAUGGUUUACUCCAAUGUCACGAUGCCUCAUCCGCUCCAGGAAUGCUUUACCCUAGAGAUUCAGAGUCAAGGGAAAUAAAAUCUCUUGAUGGCAUGUGGAAAUUCCGCAUCGAUGCAUCAAGAAGCCGUGCAGAAGGUUUGACCCAAAAGUGGUACACAAAACCACUGGAAGAGACUGGUCCGGUGAUCCCAAUGCCUGUUCCUUCAAGUUAUAAUGACAUUACUCAGGAGAAAAGCAUUAGAGAUUUUGUUGGUUGGGCCUGGUAUCAACGAGAGUUCUAUGUGUCAUCCUCAUGGAAACAUAACAGGAUAGUCCUCAGGCUAGAUAGUGCUCACUACUUUGCUGUUGUGUGGCUAAAUGGCAAAGAGGUGCUCACCCAUGAAGGGGGUCAUCUUCCAUUUGAGGGUGCAGUGAAAUCUUUCUUGAAUUUUGAUAAAGCUAAUGUGAUAACAGUGGCAGUCAAUAAUACUCUGACUCCAACAACUUUACCACCAGGAGAUAUUAUUUACAAGCAGAAUACUACUCAUGGACUGCCAUAUCCUGCCGGCUAUUUUGUACAAUAUUAUCAGUUUGACUUCUUCAAUUUUGCUGGGAUCCAUCGUUCUGUGAGGCUUUACACCACACCUGUGUGCUAUGUGGAUGAUAUUGACAUCACUACAAACAUACAAGGAUCAACUGGCCUGGUCAAGUAUUCUGUCAGCAGCUUGGGUGUUUGUCAGACAAACUCAGUGAUGGUAGCAAUUCUGGACAAAUGGGGUAAUGUUGUGGCUCAGGGAGCUGAUUAUCAAGGGACAAUUCAAGUACCCAAUGCCAAGUUAUGGUGGCCGUAUGACAUGAGCAAGGAGGACCAUGCAUAUCUUUAUACCAUGAAGGUCUCAGUGAAGACAAAUGUUACAACUGAAGGAAAUAUAGAUAUCUAUCGGCUACCAUUUGGAAUCCGGACUGUCAGAGUUGAACAAGGACAAGUUCUAGUAAAUGGCAAGCCAUUCUACUGUCAUGGCUUUGGAAAACACGAAGACGCUGAUAUCAGAGGAAAAGGCCUUGACUUCCCAUUGAUUGCUAAAGAUUUCAAUCUCAUCAAAUGGGUCGGUGCUAAUUGUUUCCGUACGUCUCAUUAUCCGUAUGCCGAGGAGAUAAUGGACCAGGCUGACCAGCAAGGGGUCAUGGUCAUUGAUGAAUCGCCGGGUGUUGGGAUUACGAAGGUUGCAAGUUAUGGUCCAGUGUCAUUGGCCCACCAUAAAGAAGUAAUGUUUGAGCUGAUCCGCCGAGACAAGAACCGCCCCUCUGUGUUCAUGUGGUCUGUUGCUAAUGAACCCAAUAGUAUAAUACCGCAAGCACAUUCAUACUUCAGGGAGGUAAUAAACUAUACCCGCUCAUUAGAUCCAAGAAGACCGAUAACUUAUGCUGUCGGGGGAGGAGCAGAUUACUACAGUGAUGUUUGCGCCAUAUUGGUUGAUAUAAUCUGUAUCAACCAUUAUUUUGGCUGGUACUCGGACACAGGUCACCUUGAGGUCAUACAGUUACAGCUUGAGAAUGACCUCGUCAACUGGUAUAAGACCUUCAAAAAACCAAUGAUCAUUACAGAAUAUGGAGCAGAUACAAUAGCAGGAUUGCACAUGGAACCCUCAUUUGUUUUCUCCGAAGAAUACCAAGUUGACUUUAUCAAGGAGUACCAUCGUUCAUUCGACAAACUGAGGAAGCAGUUCCUUGUGGGCGAAUUAAUCUGGAAUUUUGCUGACUUUUUGACCGUUCAGGGAGUCAAGAGAGUUGCCGGCAACAAGAAGGGCAUCUUCACCAGACAGAGACAACCAAAGAUGGCUGCACAUAGCCUUCGAGAACGUUAUCUUUCAUUGAACAAUGAAACAAAAGGUUACUGAGAGUGUCAUUCAUGUACAACUUAUGUGUAUGCUUUAUACAACUGAAUCCUAGAAUACUGCAAUGAGUUUUUAUUGCAUUUCCAUGUACAUGUAUCAGGUAUACAAAACUACCGCUUGUCUUCUGAAGACGUUCCUUUAAUUAUUGAUCUUCCGAAGAUAUAGCUUGAUAUACAAAAUGUUAUAUAAUGUACUUGACUUAAUGGAAAUAAUAAAGUGUGCAUUUGUUAAAGAAUUUAUUACAUUAGUCAAUGAGCCACCGGGGCUUGGGUGUUAGAAAGCAUGUCAGUCUGUGUACACAUGUAGAUCAAUGCACAUGUACAUGUAACAACAUGUCAACAUGAUGUUAAUAUGAGCUAGCAUGCUUUCUGACAACCGUUGAAUGAAUGUUCUCAAAACAGAAAUUCCCCUUCACCAGAAAUCAUGGUUAGAAGCUAAGCACCAAACGCACCUGAAAACAUUCAUCAAAUAUUUUAGUCCUGAUUGUGACAUUGUCCCG